CGCGAGGGCUGUUUAUUUUUGGUAUUUCGUCGGGUAGCUGUGCUUCGCGUCGGCAAUUUGCAUGAGUAAUGCGCUUCCUGGCCGCGUCGGAUCGUGCAUCGUGCUCGAAAAACAGCUGACGAAGCAGCAAUGACCACGGAAACGAAAAUGAGCAGCUCCGAGGAGGUGUCCUGGAUCUCGUGGUUCUGCGGUUUACGCGGGAACGAGUUUUUUUGCGAGGUGAGUAAUCGUGGGCGCGUCUCCCCAGCAUUAUCCCAGGUAGCAUUAAUGUCUAAAAGACAUCAUAAAGAUGUCUUUAAGAUGCCAGAAAUCUUAAAGAUGUCUUUAUGAUGUCUUUUAGACAUUAAUUUCUAUCUGGGUAUCUUGGCUGUAUAUUUGAAAACUCAGCGAUAUGUACACUUUUAAUACUGGAGGGGGCCAGAUUACUCUUACGUUCUACAAUGCGAGAUGGUGCAUUCGUGGAGCGUGUGCUAUUAGCGUUAUCGCAUCACUCUACCUUUAUUGCUCAUCAGAUGUAAAACAAGGAUAGAAUAAGCAGAUAGCCCUAAUAGCGUACUCUGCAAAUGUACCCAAAGUACGAUGUUUAUUCUACAAAUGUGUAUAUAAUGUGUUUGUAAUUGCUGUAAGAAUGAUGGAGCGUGGUAAAAUAGUAUAAUCCAAG